AUGCCGCCCAAGAACAACAAAAAGCAGCAGUCCAUUGAAGAGCAACAGAAGCAAGCAUUCACAACGUCUCAUUUCUUCCAUGAAGACACUAAACAUGCAAAGGAGAGACCAAAGAUCGUACACUGGCAAGAGGUCAUCAUACCAGACAUUAUCAAGAUUGCAUCGGUUGUGGAACGUUUGCGUAGCAACAAGCCUCAAGAACCAGAAUCGAAUGAUGAUGAAGAUGAUCAAAAUAUCCCAUUGAAAGAUGAGAAGGAUCAGAGCAAUGACACCACUGCAGACGAUGACAAUGAUGCAUCAUCGGCAUCAUCACCUGAAAGCCAAAAAAUGGAAGUCGUACACAAGGAAAGCUUUUUCAGCGAAGAGUUGACCGAAGAAGAAAAGAUACUUGUUGCAAAGAGAGUCGCAGAGCAUCAGAAGCAAUUUGCAGCAUACGAGAGACGCGAGAGAGCCCGCAAAGCUAAGAAGAUUCGUGCCAUUUUCGACCACGUGGAGAACGAGGAGAUUGCUGCCAUGUUGAGAGAUUGUGAUAAUGAUGAAGAAGAAGUCGUCUACCGUUUGACGCAGCCUGGAUACCUUCAUGAAAUCCGCAAGUCCGUAGCGUCCAAAUAUGUGGAUGAAACGUAUCAAAAGGCUUCAACGAUGACUGAUGCCCAGAAAACCGCAUAUGAUCUAUUGGUGAAAAAGCGUUCCGAGACGUUGAGGAAAACCACCAAUGACAAUGCCAAAAGACAAUAUCGUAUGGGUGGUCGCCUUUGCUUGGAUGAAGCUGUCAAACAAGCACAAAAGCAUCAAGAAGAGGAUCCUGAAAAGGCAUUUGAGGGGUGGUCAGAAGCUCGUAUUCGCGCAUAUCAGAUGAUCAAUGAGAACCCCAACAGCUAUUACUAUCGCUUCAAUGCCCCUGGUGAGGUACAACGUAGAGGACAAUGGUCAAAGGAUGAGCAAAAGUUAUUUUACAAGCGAUUGGAUGAAGUGGGUGCGAAUGGACAAUGGGGUAUUUUCAGUAUGGCAAUCCCGGGUCGUGUCGGCUAUCAGUGUUCCAACUUUUAUCGGCUCCUGGUGGAAACGAAGCAGAUUCAUGAUCCCAAUUACGUUCUGGAUGAGCGUGGCAAGGCACAUUACUUGUUCGACAAAAAGACAGCUGAUGGCGGGGUCAAAAAGACGUUUCGAUCUCACAACAAACACUCAUCAGCACGAAACAACAACAGCAGCAGCAACAAUGGUGCAACUGCAGCUUCAUCAUCAUCAUCACCGUCGUCAUCAUCAAAAGCCAAGAGUACAGCUACUACAGCGGCAUCCAGCAGUAAUAGCAAUGGCAAUGGUGGUGGUGGUAGUAGUGGUGGACGUAGUAAGAAAAAGAAACAACAACCAGCAGCAUCUACAACAUCCAAAAAAACCACGCUUGGACUUCGACGACGACGUGGCAAAGAUCGUCGAUGGGGUGCGUCGGAUUCACCUGAAUCCUCUGAUGAUGAUUAUAUUGGCUAUGACGAUGAUCGAUCAGGAAGUUACACUAUGCGACUUGAUGACGAUGCAUCAGGUCGUCGUCGUAGCAAACGCCAACGUCGACCCACCACAGCAGCCAUCGAAGCAGGGCUUGUUGACAAUGCAUCACCCACCGCUAACAGCAAAUGGAAAGGCAAAGGUGUGGCCAAGGAUAGUGAUGGAAAGGAAAACGAUGCAACUGGAUGGGGAGCCAAUGCCAACAUGACACAUGCAACAAAUCCUUUGCCUGGUUUUAUCGAUCCGAUCACUCUUGAAGAGGUUGUCAAGCCUGCCAUUUCGAAAUAUGGACAUGUAAUGGGGUACGAAAGUUGGGUCCGUUGCUUAACAAGUUGGGAAGGUCAACGCAACAUCUGCCCAUUAACCAAGAAACCAUUGUCAAAGCGUGAUCUAGUCGUUCUGGAUUUUGACAAUAUCGAAGAGUACAGAUCUCGUAUCGUUAACAUGUGA